GGACCAGCCCAGAGGCCCGCGUCCUCCUCUCCCAGGUGUCGGGGCUGCGCCCCAGCCUCCGCCUUCGUCUCCCGCGAUGGCGGCGAGCAGCAGCGGGUCCAAGACCGAGUUCAUUGUCGGAGGGAAAUACAAACUGGUGCGGAAGAUCGGGUCCGGCUCCUUCGGGGACAUUUACCUGGCGAUCAACAUCACCAACGGCGAGGAGGUGGCGGUGAAGCUGGAGUCUCAGAAGGCCCGGCACCCGCAGCUGCUGUACGAGAGCAAGCUCUACAAGAUCCUGCAGGGCGGGGUGGGCAUCCCGCACAUCCGCUGGUACGGGCAGGAGAAGGACUACAAUGUGAUGGUCAUGGACCUGCUGGGGCCCAGCCUGGAAGACCUCUUCAAUUUCUGUUCCAGAAGGUUCACCAUGAAAACGGUCCUGAUGCUGGCGGACCAGAUGAUCAGUAGGAUUGAAUACGUGCAUGCAAAGAAUUUUAUACACAGGGACAUCAAGCCAGAUAACUUCCUCAUGGGUAUCGGGCGGCACUGUAAUAAGCUGUUCCUUAUUGAUAUUGGUUUGGCCAAAAAGUACAGGGACAACAGGACAAAGCAACACAUCCCAUACAGAGAAGACAAAAAUCUCACCGGCACGGCCCGCUAUGCUAGCAUCAAUGCACAUCUUGGCAUUGAACAGAGUCGCCGGGACGACAUGGAAUCCCUGGGGUAUGUUUUGAUGUAUUUUAAUAGAACCAGCCUGCCGUGGCAAGGAUUAAAGGCGGCAACGAAGAAACAAAAAUAUGAAAAAAUCAGUGAAAAGAAGAUGUCCAUUCCUGUGGAGGUUUUAUGUAAGGGCUUUCCUGCAGAAUUUGCCAUGUACUUAAACUAUUGCCGUGGGCUGCGCUUCGAGGAAGCCCCGGAUUACAUGUACCUGAGGCAGCUCUUCCGCAUUCUUUUCAGAACCCUGAACCACCAAUAUGACUACACAUUUGACUGGACAAUGUUAAAGCAGAAAGCAGCACAGCAGGCAACCACUUCAAGCGGGCAGGGUCAGCAGGCCCAACCGCCCACAGGUUUCUAGGCAUGAAUGAAGGAAGGAAUAGAAGGAGCAGUGCAGAUGGCCCGAGCAGCAUUUGUUUCUCCCCAAAUCUAGAAAUUUUAGUUCAUAGGAACACUAGCCAAUGGUUGUGGACAACCAUUCACUUGGUGUAAAGAACUUAAGUUCAGUAUAAACUGGAUCUGAGCAGCAUUGGUGAUGCUGUGUCCCGAGUUGUAGCCGCUGUCAUUGUGAAUAAUAACCGAGAUAGUGAAACAUGGUG